UUACAUAGGUACCUAAUAAUAUUAUGAUAGUUAUUAACCACUGUAAGUUGUACACUACAUAAUUUAGCAUAGUGUUAUCGUUGUUAUAAGAAAAAUACCGUUGUUUUACAUUGUAAAUAUCAAAUAGACUGAGAGUAAAUCUGAGAUAGCGCACGUAAAACCACAUUACCGUGAAUACCAUGGUAGUUUUAUUUUCAGGUAUUUCUAAAUAAGUAAAACAAUAGCAUAAAAUAGAUAUGUGUUAGUUGUGGCAGUUUGGAUUUUUUACGACACCACGCCAGUCAUGAACAAAGAUUGGUAAAAAUGUAACUAGCUUAUAUGUAGUGAUUAUAUUAUUAUAGCGUCGGCACAUCAAACUAUAAAUUGAACACAGUUGUAGACGUUGUAGUCAUUGAACGAUUUAUAAACGACUAAUAAGGAUAUCUAAUCCAUAUCAAUAAAAGAUUUUAUAGCAAAGUUUAAUUCAGCGUAUUUUAAAAAACAGCAGUAUGAAGAUUAAUCGGAAAUGUCGCCACGGCGGCGACGAAGAAGACGACGUCCGUUACAUGUCGAAAGUGAACAAGGGCGCUCAGAAAAUCAUGGUCGCGGUCCCGGAUCAGCUGGCAAUGGUGUUCAUGUGGUUCCUGAUGGUGGCAGUGUUCGUCGUUUUCCUGAUGACGGCCACGUACUUGAUCCUAAUGUACGAAUCGCCACCUUUGCCAGUGGCUUUGCGUGUGUCACCUGGGGAAAGUUGUCCAACCGCGUCGUCCAAACAUCCGCUGGCGGCUCGACAGGACGUCGGGCCGGGUGACGUGCACUACGUUUUCGUUGACGGCGAUCGCAUCCCGCGAUUGUCCGCUUGUUCGCUGGAAACGGCUGUGAACGCCGUCUCGGGGCAAGGCAGCGGUCGCGUGAACGUGUUCGUCGUAGGAGGCAUCGGACGGGCCGAGAACAGUAAUAAUCGAACGCUUUCGGAGGUGUCGCUGUCGUCCACUCUGGACGACCUCAAAGCCAAACACGGCGAUGACCUGUUGAACGUGACGCACGUCAGCCUGGAGGAGUGUCUGGAUUGUUCGCCGUUCCGAGGCGUGGACGUGAGCGGCCGUCCGGCGCUCGCCAAAUUCGUGGUUCAGCUGGUGGUCCUGUGGCAGUUCGGCGGCACGGUGCUCGACGACGGGGUGGUGGUGGUCCGCAGAGGCGUGUACCGAGCGACGGGCGCCGCGGUCGAGUACGGCGACCGAACCGUCAUCAGCUCGCCGGUCGCGUGCCACGCGUUCGUCUACAAAGCGAUGCUGAGCGCCAAGAGGUACGCGCUGGGCGGCGAGCCGUUCGCGCCGGACGCCGGCCGGGCGAUACUGCGGAACGAGACGGCCACCGCCGUGGACGCCGCGCCCGUGGCCGACUGGGUGGUGUGCCGGGACGGCGCGGUGGCCGACCGCCGCUGUUAUUACGCAGAGCCGACGGCCGAAUCGCUCAGUGAUCGCUGUCCCGUAGCGGUCGGCCAGCCGUCGUUGCCGAAGUCCCCGCAGAGAACCACCCGGGUCACGUCGCCGAGACUUCGGAAACCCGUCGAUCAGACCGCGGCCACAAACACGGACCGUCGGCGCCAGAACGCGGCUGCAGACGACGGGCGAGUUUCCUCGGUCGUCUCGAACAAUUGAGCCGCGUGGCCAUAUCAUUAUGUCGAGUAUAAAAUGUGUGUACAUACCCCCACAUACGAUAGUAUUUCGAUCGCGGUCGAGUCCGAAUUCACUGCUCUAUUGCUGCGGCGGUUGAUAAACCGUAACUUUUUCUCCGAUCGACUUUCCCUCCUCCGUAGGUACUGUAGGUAUAUCUAUUAUAUUAUACACUUUUUUUUUUUUUUUAUUUAUAUUAUAAUAAGACAUUCCUAGCCUAUAAGGCUAUCUACAUCUAUGGAUAAAUAACAUAAUUUUUUUUUUUUUUUUUGACUAAUUUAAACAUGAUAUAAGUAUUUACAAUUACAAUUAAGAGCGAUAAUUACAGUAGUGACUAGUUAUUUAAUAGCAUUAUCGAAUAAGAUCGUGCGGGCGACCGCGUUUUAGUCGUCUUUGAGGUGGUGGUCGUAUGUGUAAGUUGAAGUGUAUUGAGCCAGUUGAUUUUUGGAGUGAACUGUGGAAAUUUUCUGCUAGAGCUUUUAUAUGAUCUUGAAUUUUUAUGAUUCGGAGGUCUUUAUGUAGAUUUUCGUUGCGUAUGAACCAUGGUGCGUUUGUUAUUAUUCUUAAUACUUUGUUUUGGAAAAUUUGUAUUUUUCUUAAGUGUGUCACUGAGCAGUUUCCCCAGAUAGGACAAGCAUAGGUAAUUAGUGAGCGUAAUAAUUGCUUGUAAAUUAAUAUUGAGCAUUUUUUUUGUAUGACUGAUUUUUUGUUUAGGAUAGGAAAUAGCAUUGAGAGGCGCUGGUAUGCUUGUUGUAAUUUAGAAGCUAUGUGAGGCCCCCAGGUUAACCUCUUGUCCAACGUGACACCAAGGUACUUGACAGAAGACUGCCAAGGUAUGGAAUCGUUGCCAAAUCUUAGAGGUGGUGGAGUGGAAUAGCGACGUAAGCUAAAAAUGACUGCUGAGCUUUUUGAAGCGUUUAUGUGUAUUUUCCAGUUAUUGCACCAUGAUGCUAAUAGAUUUAGGUGAUCUUGUAAGUUGUUUGUUAUCGCUUCGACGUUGCGGGAUUCACUGUAUAUUGUUGUGUCGUCUGCAAAUAGUGCAAUGUUUGUACGUGGUGACUGUGGUAUAUCAGAGAUGAAUAUAUUGAACAAUAUAGGUCCCAGUUUGGACCCUUGAGGUACACCAGCAGAUAUGGUCCGAGGGACAGAGAAAUUAUCAUUAAUUCUAACUGAGAAUUGCCUAUUUGUUAGAAAGGAAUUGAUAAUAUCAAAUAAGUACUUCGGUGUAUUGAAAGAUUUUAGUUUGUAUAAAAGGCCUUUGUGCCAUACUUUAUCGAACGCUUUCGAGACGUCUAUAAAUACGGCACCAGUAUGGCAAUGUUUUUCAAAUGAAUUACUAAUAUGUUCAGUUAUGCGAAAAAGCUGUUGUACUGUCGAGUGAUUGGAUCUAAACCCAAAUUGAAAUUUUGGGAUAACAUCUGCGCUGUCCAAAUAAUUUUGUAGUCUCGUAUGAAUAACUUUUUCAAAGAUUUUUGAUAAGGAGGUAAGUAAACUUAUCGGUCUGUAGCUAUCAGGAUUUGAUUUAUCCUUACCAGGUUUUUUUAUUAGUACACUUAAAAGUAUAAUAUUUUCAGUCAGUAAAAAUCUUUGUUCGAGUCCCGUUUGUUUUAAAUUUUCAUUGCGAAUUCCAAUAUAGAUAGAUACAUACGAUACAAAUACUAUAAAUUGCGCAAACAACGCUGUUGAGAGUUUCCGACAAAACUUUUACAAAAUAUUUCGUUAUACGUUUUGGAGUUCAAUAAAUAUUAAUUGUGUGAUCCGGUAAAAAAUGAAUCGACUAAUAAUAAAUAUAUAUAUAUACUUAUAUAGGCGUAGAUGUCCUAGAAAUUAUCCGGGAGAUGCUAAUAUGAACUAUAAUACACCACAUAAUGCAUAAAUCGACAAAAUUAUGAAAGAGUUAUUUUGAAACAUAUAUAGUGCGGACAUUUAAAUAUUAGACAAUAUUAAAGUUUAGAGAUGCAUUUUCACAUCCUGUUUAGUGUCUAUUUUUGUAACCAAGGUUUAGAAGGUUAGAAGUAUAGGACUGUAGAAGAUAUCUUUGAAAAUAUUUGGAAUGUAAUCGCAAAUUAUUAGGUCUGCAACCAAUUACGACGUAUAGUAUUUUAGAAAAUGGCACGUCAACUAUUUAAACAUUAUAGCAGUUUACUGCAGUUUUCGCUAAUGACUUUCCAUCGGUCCUGGUAAAAACCAAGAUUAGGUAUCUAAAUAAGUGCAGCCAUACAGUGUAGCAUCUAUUCAUUGUAAAAUUGUAAUUUUGUAUUUGUUACACAAUAUAUAUAUAUAUCAUGAUGUAUAUAA